AAAAUCUUAUGUGAUGAGAAAAUAUUAAGAGAUUAAUGUAGCUACUUAUAACGUUAUAUUAUAACAGUAUAAAAUAAUUAUAAUAUUGGACUUAUGCAGAAAUAAUUAUUUUAUUUGAAUGGCAACAUGCGCCGUCAUAGUUACUACGUUUUUCUAAUCGCAAUAUCGUCAAAAGCAAAACCAUUAAUUUAUAAUACUAUAUAAACGUUUUGAACUGUUCUAAGAUAUGAAAUUAAAUAUGUACAACAUAAUAUUACAAUAAAAAUGUACAUUACACGUAAUAAUAAUAAUAAUAUGUAGUCCGAAUAAAACUAUAAUGGUAUCUUAUUAUUGAGAUGUUCGAUUUGAAAAAUGUCGAUACCGCGGUCGAUGUGCUGUUAUUUUAUGCUCGGAACAAAGAAUGAAUCAAAUACAACUUUGCUACUAAAUGUCAAACACAUUUCGUUCAUUUUUAUACGGGAUGGACGAGACCAUUUCACAACUCCACGACUGGCCGUGAAAUGUAUAAUAAUUUGUUAUAGGUACCAAUUAGUAGCCCGUUUUGUCUCAGGUUGGAAAACAAUCCGUGUCGAUACUGAAGAUUAAUAUUGGUAGAGAAAGUAUACCGAUUGGAAUGGACACAAGGUGUUUAUUGGGUUUAUAAAGUGAUUCGCCGAUCACCAAACACGACUGAUAUGGGUCCAUUAAAUCUAGAAUGGAUUAACUACUGCUUUGUAAAAAACGGACAAAAGCACAGGACCGAUAAGUAUUAUUGUAUGUACGAAAGGAAUCCAACUUUAGUCGUACGCAGAGGACUUCCAAUUUGCUUUUACUUGAAAUUCGACCGAGAAUUUGACAUGGCUAAUGACAGUGUGUCGUUUAUGUUCAAAUUGGCUGAAACGGGAGAUGCAAACUUUGGAAAUAACACUAUGGCUGCUGUGCCCUUGAAAGAAAAUCCAAGUAAUGGCAAUGGCCAUUGGUCAGCGUACGUGAUGUCUACUGAUGACGUGGACCCACACGUAGUCAGCGUUAGGAUCACUCCACCGAAUAACUGCAUUGUAGGACAAUGGAUAUUUGACAUAGAUACCCGAUUUGGACAAGAAGCGGCUAUGUUCUCAGCUAAAGGAAAUCCAAUUUACAUACUGUUCAAUCCGUGGUGUCCAACGGAUGAAGUUUAUAUAAAGGACGAUGAGCUGCGUGAGGAGUACGUGUUGAGCGAGGAAGGACUCAUGUGGCGUGGAAGUCACAGCAGGCAGAAAGAGGUCAUGUGGAAAUACGGUCAGUUACAAAAGAACAUGUUGGAAAGCAGUUUUUUGUUAUUGCUAAAAAUCAGGCGAUUAGCACUUAUACACUGCAGUGAACCAAUAAAAGUAUCAAGAAGCCUAUCAGCCGCAGUCAACGCUCCUGAUGAGUUGGGAGUCGUUCAAGGCAAUUGGACUGAAGAUUUUUCCGGAGGCACUGCACCCAUUAACUGGCUGGGAAGCGUAGAUAUUAUAAAUCAAUUCAUAAAAACGAAAAAACCUGUUAAAUACGGGCAGUGCUGGGUCUACGCAGGAGUACUUACCACAGUGUGCAGAGCUAUCGGAAUACCUUGCCGUCCGGUGACUGCAUAUUGCGCAGCUCAUGAUACACAAAACAGUUUGACGAUCGACUACUUAGUCGAUGAUGACGGAAAAAUAAUAGAAGAACUACAAACUGACUCUAUUUGGAAUUAUCACGUGUGGAACGAGGUUUGGAUGGCCAGGCCCGAUUUGAAUAUUUUAGACCGGAGCUGGCAAGUGAUCGAUGCAACACCUCAGGAGCUGAGCGAAGGCCAGUUCAAAUGCGGCCCAGCAAGCGUUACGGCCGUCAAAAAUGGUGACAUAAGAGCACCGUAUGACACUGCGUUCGUGUACUCCGAGGUGAACGCAGAUAAGGUGUACUGGAGAUACUAUGGUAUAUCUCAACCGAUGAAACUAUUGAGGAAGGAUACGGAAGCAAUCGGCAAACUAAUCUGUACGAAAGCGGCAGGAAAAUGGGAACAGGAAAACAUUACGGACAACUACAAAUAUCCUGAAAAGUCAACUGAAGAAAGAAUUACUAUGCAUAAAGCGUUAAAGCAAAAUAAUAGCAUAUUUAGCCGUUAUUAUUUGAAUGAGGAUUUCAAUGAAAUCAAAUUUGAUUUUGAGUUAGUCGAUGAUAUUAUCGUCGGAGAAAACUUCAGGGUCGCGGUGAGGAUCACGAACAAAGGCCAUAAAGAUUACACAGUAAAAGUAAUAUUGCGGGUCGACACGGUUGAUUAUACUGGUAAAAAUGGAUCACUCGUCACCAAAGUUGAACAGCAAAAAGUAGUGCUUCACGAUCCAGGUAAGCACCAGGCGCCACGACAAUAUAUAAAAUGUUACUAUAUACUAGAUACAAUUAUGCAACAUAGGUAAACAAUGAAGCAAACACAUUGUUAUGAA